UAUGAGAUCUGUUGAAUCGAGGGUUUCCAUUUGAUUGUCAAAGGUGCGAGUUUCAAUUGUUGUCUCCUUGCAUUUUCGAUAGAGAGAGAGUUAUGGCUCAUAUACUUCUUUCUGCCCUAGUGAACACAAUCUUGAGUAACUUGAACUCUUUAGCCCUGCGAGAGCUUGGGAUAGCACGGGGCCUGAAAUCUGAGCUGGAUAACCUCGAGAGCACGCUCAGUACCAUUCAAUCAGUCCUCCAAGAUGCUGAGGCAAAGCAGAGGAAGAGCUUGGCUGUCAAUAAUUGGCUGAGAAAGCUCAAGGAUGCAGCUUAUGAUGCCGACAAUUUAAUCGAUGAGAUCGUGACUGAAGGUCUGAGAAGAAAGUUGGAUUCUCAACGAGGUUGCAAAUCCAAAGUAAGUAGGAUGACUAAUUGUCUUUUAUUUCGCUUAAAAAUGGGGCAUAAGAUCAUGGAUAUGAAGAAUAAGUUAGAUGCUAUUGCAAGCGAGAGAAGUAAGUUUCAUUUGAGGGAGAUUGUUGUGGAAACUGAAGUUCAUGAGGUGGAGAGAGGACAAACUUGUUCACUCGUUAAUGAAUCGGAAAUUUAUGGGAGAAAUCAUGAGAAAGAAGAGAUAAUUGAACUUUUGAUCGGCAAUUUCAGUUGCGAUGAUGAUGUUUCUGUUUAUGCUAUUUGUGGUAUGGGGGGACUUGGAAAGACUACACUUGCUCAAUUGGUCUACAAUGAUGGAAGGGUAAAGAGGCACUUUGAGUUGCGUAUUUGGGUUUGCGUCUCUGAUGAUUUCAAUGUGGAGAGACUAAUAAGAGCAAUCCUAGAGUCCGUACAAGGCCAUGGAUGUGAUAUCUCAAACUUGGAUCCACUUUUACUUCGCCUCCAGGAAAAAUUGGGCGGUAGGAGAUUUUUACUUGUCUUGGACGAUGUUUGGAAUGAGUGCCAUGAGAAAUGGGAUGGGCUAAAACAGGCUCUGAGGUGUGGAGCUAAAGGCAGUAUUAUUAUAGUAACUACAAGGAUUCAGAAAGUUGCUCUUAUUAUGGCUACAAUACUUCCUAUACACCACUUGGCUUAUUUGUCGGAGGAUCAUUCUUGGUCCUUAUUUAAGCUACGUGCUUUUGGCAACAGAGGAAGGGAAUUGGAAUUGGAAUUGAUUGGGAAGGAUAUUGUGAAAAAAUGUGGAGGAUUACCCUUAGCAAUAAAGGCUUUAGGAAGCCUUAUGCAAUUUAAACGCAGUGAAAGUGAGUGGUUAUCUGUGAAGGAGAGUAAAAUUUUGGAUUUAUCAGAUGGUGGAAAUGCUAUCUUACCUGCUUUGAGAUUGAGUUAUGAAGCUUUACCUCCACAUUUGAGGCAAUGUUUUGCUUAUUGUUGCAUAUUCCCCAAAGACUAUAUAAUGAAGAAAGACGUGUUGAUAGAGAUGUGGAUGGCGAAUGGUUUUAUUCCAUCUAGAGGACAAACAACUUUGUAUGAUAUGGGCCAUCAGAUUUUUGAUCAAUUAGUUUGGAGGUCUUUCUUACAAGAUGUGACGGAAGAGCAAGGUGAAACAACAUGUAAAAUGCAUGAUCUUAUGCAUGAUCUUGCGGAAUCUAUUAUGAGACACGAAUGUUUUAUCAUGGACUCUCGUAAGGGGCUGAAACUACCAAAAAAGGUUCGUCACUUGUCUUUUAAUGUAAGUUCAACACCGAUGAUUCAUUGUAAUGAGGUUAUGUUUAAAGUUCCAUCUUUGCGAUCUUGCAUUUUACUUUCAAACCAAUAUUCUUACAAGGACAAUGAUUUUUCUUGGAUUUCAAAACAGAAGUAUCUUAGGUUGUUAGAUUUGAGUGGCAAAAUUGAUGAGAAGGUAGCAGUGUCAAUUUCCAAUUUCAAGCAUCUUAGGUUCCUCAACAUGUCAUACUCUUACAUAAAAAUCCUACCAGAAUCAAUUAGUGGUCUCCAACACCUGCAAACAUUGAAACUAAAUUAUUGUGAAGAGCUUUGCAAGUUGCCCAAACACUUGAAGUAUAUGAGAAAUCUCACAUGCCUAGACAUCAAAGGGUGUGACUCCCUGACUUCUAUGCCUGCUAAUAUGGGACAAUUAACUUGUCUGCAAAGACUAAGCAUAUUCAUUGUGGGCCAAGAUGAGGGUUACCAAAUUAGCGAGCUGAAGGAAUUAAAUCUUGGGGGAGAGUUGAGCAUAAAGGAGCUUGAAAAUGUAAGAAAUUCAGAAGAUGCAAAAAGGGCCAAUUUGAAGAGAAAACUUGAUCUCAUUUCUUUGAAUUUAUGUUGGAGCGAUAGCAACAAAGAAAGCAUACCAAGGAAUGUUGAAGAAAUUCUUGAGAAUCUCCGACCUAAUUCGAACCUGAAGAAGUUGAGCAUAAGUUUCUACCAAGGUUCAAGGUUUCCAAACUGGAUGUCAGGUUUGGUUCUUAAAAAUGUGGUUGAGAUCUCUCUAGAAUCUUGUAAAUGUGAACGUCUUCCGCCUCUUGGGAAACUAACCUCCCUAAAAAUUCUCAAGAUCAGUUCCAUGGAUUCUCUCAAGUACUUUAAUCAUGAGAGUUAUGGAGAUGGGGAAGAUUCAUUUCCUGCAUUGGAGAUUCUCAGCUUGAAUGUAAUGCCAAGUUUGGAGAAAUGGACAAUUGUGGAUAGAAAAGAAAUUUUUCCUUGCCUACGAAAUUUACAUAUAGAGGCAUGUCCCAAGUUGACUGAAUUUCCUUUCCUUCGAACACUCGAGAUAUUAACAAUUUGGGAAGGAAGCAAUGAAAGGUUAAUUAGGUCAGUGAUAAAUGUCACUUCGCUUUCCGAUCUUGAGGUACUUGGCUCUAAGUUGAAGAUUCUUCCAGAUGAACUGUUUCAGAGUCACAAGGACUUGGAGUCACUACGGCUAAUUUCUCUGUACAAUCUCAAGACUCUGCCAAAUCAGCUGGAUUGUCUAUCUUCUCUAAAGCUGUUAAACCUUGAUUAUUGUCCUCAACUUGAAAAUUUGUCAGGACUCAAAAACUUAAACCAUUUGGAGACGCUGUAUAUAAGUGAAUGUGACAGUCUUACUUCUCUUCCAGUGCAAGGAUUGCAAGGCUUAACUUCACUUAGAUCCUUAAGUAUUCAAAAUUGUAAGAAACUGUAUUUAUCUGACGGAAUGCGAUAUCUGACUGUACUCCGGGACUUGCUUAUCAAUGGAUGUCCAGAGAUACAUGAUUUUCCGAUGGAUAUGCAACAUUUGAGUGCUCUCCGAGACUUGGAGAUAUGGAAUUGUCAAGGACUACUUUAUCUACCAAACUGGCUAGGAAGCCUCUGGUCAUUAUCAUACUUGGAGAUUGAGAAUUGCCAUAAUCUGAAGUGUUUGCCAUGUGAGCUGCGGGGUCUAAAGACUCUGAAAAGGAUCAAAAUUGGAGGAUGUCCACAUUUGGAGCGCCGGUGCAAGAAAGAGACUGGUGAAGAUUGGUUGAAGAUAGUUCACAUUCCCAUUAUUGAGAUCAAUGGUGAACUAGUACAGUCCUUGGAUUGUUAAUGAGCUAUUUUGAAGGUGGUUAACAUGAGAGGAAGCUACAAAUCCACUUCUCACUCAACAAAAAAAAAUUUCGAUGAGCCUUUGGCUUGCUAAAAAUUUUAAAUUGCUUUCUAUUUGAUUUUAUGUAUUCUGAUUUGAAUUGAAAGUUAAUGUGUUUUUUUUUUUCUUUUGUUUUUGUAGUGUUUUUGCAGUGUUCUGCUUUUGAUAAAUCAUGGAUAAUGUGCCAGCUAUGUGAUAAAAUUAUCCAAAAAACACAUUUACUAUUUCCGAACAAAGCAAAGUUAUUAUAGUAAUAGUAAAUUAAACUUGAGAAUAGAAUGAUCAUUUUAUUUCAAUUGUAUUUUAUUGAACCAAAAACUACUUAGGAGUUGGAUCCUACUAAAUUUUUGUUCCAUAAUGUAUUUUUUCAUUUUUCCCUUA